UAACGCUAAGAGACCAUGCAACCUUGAUUUUCAGAGUACAUUGUAAACAUGAUUCAUUCCGAAUCAUUUUAUCAUCAUCCGAAACAGUUAAAUACACAGAUAAAUACAAUUUAUUAUCUGCAAAGAAACGUAAAGUAAUUGACGUACGUUACAUGCCUAUCAAUAUAGCUCCACACAAAUUGAAGUUCGCUUCUUGCGCCACGUGGCAUGCGACCUAGUCACAUAAUAAAUGGUACUAAAAGUCUAAAAGACAACAUGGGAUAUUAUCCGCCAACAUUGCUCAAUCUUUAAAAAUUCAAGAAUAUUAGAAAACUGUCCAUCUCUCUGAGAGUGAAAAUGGAGAUAUCAGUUGCGUUAGUAACAGUUUCAGUAGCUAUAGUUCUUGUGUCGUCGUGGACAUGGAGAACAUUAAAGUUGGUUUGGUUUAGACCAAAGAUGCUUGAGAGUUACUUGAGAAGACAAGGUCUCUCCGGUACUCCGUACACGCCUCUCAUCGGCGAUUUAAAGAGAAACUUUAGUAUGACGAUGGAUGCAAGAUCCAAACCCAUCAAACUAACGGAUGAUAUCUCACCACGUGUCAUGCCUUUUCCAUUCGAAAUGCUCAAGAAUCAGGGUAUACUUCUUGAAUCAAAUUCAGGGCAAGCUAAAGGAAAUGAAAUGAGCAUUGAAGAUGUGAUGGAGGAGUGUAAGUUGUUCUAUUUCGCUGGACAGGAGACAACUUCAGUGCUUCUGGUCUGGACAAUGGUUCUGUUAAGUCAACACCAAGAGUGGCAAGCUCGCGCACGGGAAGAAGUGGAGCAAGUUUUUGGAGACAAAGAACCAAACACAGAAGGCUUGAACCAGCUCAAAGUUAUGACGAUGAUUCUUUAUGAGGUCCUUAGGCUAUAUCCUCCAGCAGCGCAGCUGACCCGAGCCAUUCACAAAGAGAUGAAGCUAGGCGACCUGACACUACCAGGAGGCGUUCAGAUCAAUCUACCUAUUCUGCUAGUCCAUCGCGACAUACAGCUAUGGGGUAAAGAUGCAGCGGAGUUCAAGCCAGAGAGGUUCGAAGACGGUGUCUCAAAGGCAACAAAGGGGCAAGUUUCUUAUUUUCCCUUUGGGUGGGGACCAAGGAUCUGCAUUGGCCAGAAUUUUGCUCUGAUGGAGACAAAGAUGGCUCUUGCUUUGAUGCUACAGAGAUUCUCCUUUGAGCUUUCUCCUUCCUAUGUUCAUGCUCCUUACACAGUCUUGACACUGCAGCCACAGUCCGGUGCUCAUCUUAUCCUACACAAGAUUAGUUCCACCACCCAAUGUGAUGUUUUUAAAAAGAGCUUCUUACGGUAAGAGUUUAGAUUAUUUAUGUUCGCCGGAAGUGGAUAGAACAAGGAAAGGUCGGGUAACAAAAUAUUAAUGUUUCCGGAUUAUUUAUAUUUACGUAUUUAUAGAACUUCCUAACUAUACCGCCAUAUGUUGGUUUUUCACACCCUAACUUUCGAUAUUUUUAAAUUCCUCCCUUAUUUUGUAAUAUGUGGUACUACAAGUCCACAGAUCUUGGUGGAGUGUACUAACGGCAGAUUUGUGUCCA